GUCUCUGCAGGGUGCUCAUUAGUAGGUGCUUUUUCGUAGAAUUUCAGGCUGUAAUUGAUUCCCCAAGAUGUUUGCAAAAGCAACAAAGAAUUUUGUGAGAGAAACUGACAGUGGAGGUGACUUGAUCCCUGUCUCCCACUUGAACGCCUCAGACAAGCUGCAGCUUCUGAGCUUAGUUACGAAGAGGAAGAAAUUGUGGUGCUGGCAGAAGCCUAAGUAUCAUUUCUUGACAGUCACCCUGAAUGAUGUGCUUACUGAGGACAAACCGAUAAAACCAGUGAUUGUGGAAUCUGACUUUGCAAAAUAUAUGGGGAAGUUUGAAGAUUUUGCUCAAGGAAGUAUUGAAACUUCGUUUGGAAAGAUCAGCCUGGGAGCUGGAGGGAAGGGCUAUGUGGAAAACAGGUCCUCAUUUGGAAACCUGAGGAAGCAGGAGAUUGACUUGCAGCAACUUAUGAAAGACAUAAAGGACAGAACAAUAAAUCUAAACAAUAGUUUACUGCAACAAGUAAUAGAAAGAAAACAUGAAGUGCUGUGCAUCUUGAGAGAAAAGAUAAUAACGACUCAGAAGUGUACAAUAUCUGAACAUAUCCAGACAGAAGAAAAAAUCAGCGGUGCGAUUGGAUGCAGUAGAAAAACAGUAAAGGUUUCAGUGAGUGAAAAUGGAAGUGUGAUGAAGGAUGCUAGUGUGAUCCUUGAAAUUCCUCCUGCAACCACUAUUGCCUACGGUGUAAUUGAACUGUUUAUAAAGCAGAGUGGCCACUUUGAAUUCUGUCUGCUACACGAACAGCAAGGAGGUUUUGAAAAAGAAAGCACAGAAGGCUCAACUUAUCCCCAUUCAGCGCUAUUCAAAGAUGCUUUGUUUCUCUAUCAGCCAGAUGCUGUUGAUAAUGAGAUGUACUCUGGGGCUAAAAACCUCAUUCCCAGUGGUGCUUCUUUAAGUGUAUUGAAACAAGAUCUGUCAUGGUUGAAGACUCAGUUCCAGCCCUUUGUGAAGCUGCCGGAGGACAAGCAAAAAACUUUAUAUAAAACCCUUUGUGAACUCUUGCUCCAUGAAGAAACGGUAACCGCCCUGGGGGAUGUGUUAGAUGAUAUCUGCACAGGAGACGAGCCAGAUCUGAAGGAGUUAAAACCCACACAACGGCGAGAUGUCAUUGACUUCUUGCAGCUCUUGGGGUGCAGUUUACAGAGUGAGCUGUUGUUGCAGAAAUACCGCCCUUAUGAUGAACUCUUGUCAGCUGCUCACCUCCUCAUCAGAGCGCUCUCGGAGCUGUCUGAUUACACUCUUGUCCUGCUGCGUGCCUGCUGUGAUCUUCAGGUUGUUCCGGCAUUGUGUUGUUUGCCUAACAUCGCUUCGGCCGAUGGCAGCGUGGCGCUGAGCAGUCCUUUGGUGGUUACUCUCACUGACAGAGGAAGAUUUGAUGUUGUGCAAAAGCUGUUUGCUUCAUCAAACAUUAAUUUGGAAAUGACAGAGUCUUCUGUAAAAGCUGUAACUAUGCAAGAACCUCGAUUCUUCCCACUUGUUCUUUAUGUUGCAUUGUGUGGAUUUUAUGCUUUAGGUGGGAAUGUAUAG